GGCGCAGAUUUGGGGCGCUGGGACUGGCGCUGGGACUGGGAUCCUAGGACCCGGCUUCACCGGAUAUACGAUACGACUCGGACGUGUAAUGUUGCCGAAGCUCCGUUGCUUCGGGCGAGCAUGGACAAGUUGGAAGUCGGCCAGCGUGCAAAAAGGCCCAAGUUGAAUGGAUGGAUUUCCAUUUCCAUGACCCAGCCAAUUUGACAUGGAAUUCUUUUAUGGAUCAUUCGGAUAGACCAGAAGACAUUGUUAUCGACCUCCUGCGUGUCCAGCGACUGUGGUUUGCCAAACAUGGCUGCAGCGCCGUCUUCCGAGACCUCGCAUGAGUCGGCCGACGAGGCUAAUAACACGUCUCAGGCUGCCACGAAAACAAACACGGUCAAGGACAAAGAAUGCCCAUAUUGCCAUCAACACUUCACCUCCUCCUCUCUCGGCCGGCACCUCGAUCAGUUCAUCUCGAAGAAGAAGCCAGACGGUAUACAUGAUGUGGAAGAGAUCCGGAAAGUGCGGGGUGGCAUCACGCGGCGCACAGCUCGAGGUUCGAGGCGCGAGCGGGAUAAAGACAAAGAGCGAGACGAUACCGUGUCGUCGCAAACAACUCCAGCCCCGGUGCCACAGUCAGCGACACUCGUGUCCUCGAACAGCCAAGUGAAUCGUGUGCCUCCGGGAGGAUUCCACUACCGCCUGAACAGGUUGAACUGGCAGGCCACGGGCGUUAUCACCGACCCGACCACCCUCGACUCUCCCGUCACCGCCGCUCCUCCCACCCCGGCUGUUGCUUCGAGCCCAUCGGGAACCAAGCGCAGCUUUUCGACCUUUGCGCAAGAUGCGAAUCCUUCGGGCAAUGCAGAGACUACGCGCGCCCUGGAACUUGCGUUGCGCGAGGUUCUUGACUCCCUCCGUGCCGCGACCAAGAAAGCCUCCCCGAAGCCAUCGCCCUUCAACUUCGACAUCCCUUCCCAGACAUUUCCAUCGCUAUGCCUGAAGCUGCUCCCAGCACCGGCCACCUUAUUCCAGACAUCUCCGUUCUCGACUCCGCAGUCAGUACCAAUCGCGCCGCCCGGCCCAGACCAGCUACAACCAUUACGCCAAAAGAUCACAUCUACCAUUGACUAUUGGAAAUGGCAGGCUCUGCGACUUGCCCAGCCGACGACAUCAAACAUUGCAGAGGAGGCGGAUUUCCUCAGCCGCAGUGCGACACAAUGGGUCGAGACGGCCCUCAAUCAUCUAGAUACAAGCUAUCAAAACUGGAUGGUGCACCCACCGGAAAUACGCAGUCUGUUGUGGCAGGUGGAGUUGCUGAGGGCGUACAACACCGAGCAGCAACGGGUCGCAGAACUGGAGGAGAAGUCGGAGUCCCUCCAGCAGGAAGCAAAUCAACUACAGCAACAGGUGGAAUACUUGUCCCGGUGCCAAUGGCCGCGGGAAAUGGCUUUGUGGCCUCCAGAGCGGAGGACAUUUGGACAAGCCAUGCGGGAUGAAAUACGAUCAAUCAACCUCAACAAGCUGCCCGGAGCGGAGCGGCCAGAAGAUGCCGGUUUUCUGGGAGAUGGUGUGAAUACAAAAGGUGACAAAUGGGACUUUGACAAAUUGGUCAGUAAAUGGAAAGCGCACAUCAGGGAGGACAAGAACAGGCGAAUGCCGCAGAGUCAAGCGAUAACCGACAACGCGGCAAAGUCUACCGAACUUAAGAAGUCGCACAGUGAAUCCCAAACCAAUGGAUUUGCCAACGGGCAAUCCCCGAAUGUUGAUGAAAGGCAGAGAAGUGCCAGGGCGCAAAAAGGACCCGUCAAUAUUGUUUCUGAUUUAUAAAUCAAAGAGUAAUGCGCCCUCAUUUUCAAUAGGGCUUUUCAAGAGUGCGAAAUCUCGCUUUGUACGGUCUCAUUAUGUUCCCUGUUUUUCCCUUCCUAUUCCAAAUAUCUCCAAGAAACAUAAAUGUAUAAAUGUCCAACCCG